CGCUGGGCUCUGGGCGCGCAGCGGUCGAGGACGGAGGACUCGCUGAGCGCGCGCCGCGCACGCGGGGCCGAGAGAGAGGGGAUCCGCUCCACGCUCACCGGGCACGGGCGGGGCGGACGCGAGCCUCGCGCGGGGAGCCGGAGCCGGAGCCGGAGCCUGACGCCGCCUGGGUGCUGACCGCUGCCCCUCCCCGCUCGGCGCCGCCUCCCGCAGCCGGGGAGGGGCCGGGGCGGAGCGAACGAGCCGGGCAGCGCCGGGGCGGAGCGGACGCGGGCAGAACGCGGCGCGGGGCCGGCUGCGAGGGUCCGCGGCGGGAUCGGCAUCGCUGCGGCUGCCUACGACCCGCUCCCCGGCCGCCCGCCCCGCAGACCCACCUUCGCGGCGCGGCGGAAAGCGCGCGGAGCUCCGAGGGAGCGAGUCCCCGCGCGCGCGCGCGCGGCGGCUCGGCUGCUUCCCUCCGUGGGAGGUCAGGCUCCCGGCUCUCCGGACCCGCCUGGCGUCCUCGUCUCCCGCGGGGCGGGCCGGCUGCGGCGCCCGGGGCAUGGCUUCGGCGGGCAGCGGCAUGGAGGAGGUGCGCGUGUCGGUGUUGACCCCGCUGAAGCUGGUCGGGCUGGUGUGCAUCUUCCUGGCGCUGUGUCUGGAUCUGGGGGCCGUGCUGAGCCCGGCCUGGGUCACGGCCGACCACCAGUACUACCUGUCCCUGUGGGAGUCCUGCCGGAAGCCCGCCAGCUUGGACAUCUGGCACUGCGAGUCCACACUCAGCAGCGACUGGCAGAUUGCUACUCUGGCUUUACUCUUGGGUGGUGCUGCCAUCAUUCUCAUUGCCUUCCUGGUGGGUUUGAUUUCCAUCUGCGUGGGAUCUCGAAGGCGCUUCUAUAGACCUGUUGCUGUCAUGCUUUUUGCAGCAGUUGUUUUACAGGUUUGCAGCCUGGUUCUUUACCCAAUCAAGUUCAUUGAAACUGUGAGCUUGAAAAUUUACCAUGAGUUCAACUGGGGUUAUGGCCUGGCCUGGGGUGCAACUAUAUUUUCAUUUGGGGGUGCCAUCCUUUAUUGCCUGAACCCUAAGAACUACGAAGACUAUUACUAGAACCAGUAGUCUCAAAUUUAAAAAAAAAUCAACCAUCCAACAAAAGGAUUACGUCUGCAUUUUUUCUAAUUCAUCAUUUUCUAAAACACUUGUGGAGCAUCAAACAAUUUGCUCAGUUGAUUUAAUAUCUUUUGCCUUUUGGCUGUCAACAUCAUAACCAGCUUUUACAUCCAUUUUAGGGACCUGCACAAAUUAAGAGAGCUGAUUAGACAUAGGCAAAUGCUGCAAACUUCCAAUAUAUUCAUGUCACUUUUCUUGACAAGCAAAGGGUCUAUAUGACAGAAACCAUUGUGAGAAACUAGUUGGAAUGAGAAAUGCCUGAAUCUCCUCUUGCCUGCAGGGGAACAGCUGGCAUAAGCAACAUUUAGAAGUUCCUUUGUGCUGACAAGGAUUCCACUGUUAGAGUCCUUAUUGCCUGCUUAUCCCAUCCAAUGACUACAUUGGUUAUUUGCUUGAGUGAACUCUUGAAAAGUAAACUUCCCUUCAGCAUCUAAUGGGGGUUCUGAAUGUAACUGGGUUAAUGAUACAUAUUCCACCUACGUUUUAAUGGGAGGUUAUGCUUUGGCAAUCAGCAUCUCGCUGGGAAGGUAGUCAAGAUUUGGAGACGUGCAUUUCAUUAUGUGGUUAGAAAUUGUGCCUCAGCCAUAUCUAGAAUGAGGAAAAAUUGAGAAUCUCUAUUUUCCCUGGGGCAACUAGAAAGAAAUAUGCAUGAUUGCUUUUGUCCUAAGUACCCUUUAAAUCACUUACCAAACAUUACAGCAAACAAUUGUGCAUAUGUAACAAGCUUAAGUAUUUUUAUAGAAGGUGAGCCAUUAGUAUAAAUGGUAAUAAGUUGUUCCCUAACCCUACACCUGCAUUUGCCUAUUGCACAUAAAAUUAAUAUUUGCUCUAGUGAAGUGAUUUGAACACUAACCUUGUACACGUUGUUAAGAGGCUUAGAUCGGUAUUCACACUUAUUUACUGUACAAAAGUGCAUAUACCUUAAAGCUUUUGCUCUAUGUUCUUAUUGGAAAGUGUUAAAUAGAAUUGUAUAAGAAGAAAAAUCGAAAUGGUGUUAAUCUGAAAAUUAAUGAUUCUUUUGUAAGCACUGUAGUUCAAAAGAGUGUAGCAAUUAGGAUGGUCAUUUUGUUUAAAAGUCAUUAAAAUAGAAGGCUUCUUUUUUUCCAAGUAUUUUAAAUGUCUUCAUUAAAAAAGGAAUAGUGAUAGAUUUAUAUAAUUGUCAGUAGAGGAGUAGAAUUCAUCUGGUUUUCAUCUGGUUAUCACCUGGUCCUCUGAAGUUAACUAAUGGGCUAACUGAUUUGUGCACACAAUUACGAUGGAUUUAUGGUAAGGGAAUCAUUUAUUGAUUGUUCAAAUGGAAUAAUAAUAAGGAAUAAGUUUGCAGCAAAUCUUACACUGCAAACUUGUGUUAAUCCUAUUUAAUAUACAAAUUUGGAUAGUUUAAUUAUAAACAUAUUUUUAUAGCAAAUAUACAGUUCUAAUAUAAAAGUUAUAAAUAAUUAUUUUUGUUAACAAGGACACUAUUUGGCCCUCUUGCAGAAAGAAGCAUUGGAGAAACCAUUUAAAAAAUGCCUAUGUUCUGUUGUAUUGCAAAAUCCAUUAAGAACAGGACUACAUCAAUAAUGUUUAAUAAUUUGCUUUACCUCCCAAAGCAGAGUUCUGCUUUCAGCUUGUCUUAAGAACUGUUGCCAAAAACAACAGGAAAAAACCCACUAUUUUAUUAUUCAAAUGCUUAAAAUAAAACCUCUUAUCUUGUGACUUUUCUAUGGAAUCAUGAAGUAAAUUUGAAGAACCAGGCUUAUUUUAGCAAUGACAGACAAAACUAAUUAAAUGCAUUCUAGAGAGAAACCUUUAUAAAAGUAUAUAAUCCUGUAUAGACUCGUAAGAAACUAUGAGUGGACAUUUUCCAGAAAGAUAUGACUAUUAUAGAAUCUUUUGAAGCAAUUUUCUUGAGAAAUAGUAAAAUCUGGGCCAGACUGUCUUGUAGUUAAUUGCAUAUUAUCAGAGCAGCAUGGGAAAUACGAUAUUUGUUGGAUAGGGAUUUCGGCUACUAAACACUCUCUGUUGUGAGAGAAUCUUUUUAUUCCUGAAUAAUGGAAGAACAGUACUUUGAUGCUGACAUCAAUGGGGCACUUUUCUUAGUCCUAGUAGAGGAUGCAGUGUGCUGUUAGACCAAUAUCACGUCUCAAGUCUUGAUCAAGUUUUCAUUCUCUGUCAAUUUGAAAAACCUGGAAGUGACAGAAUAUGGUAUAGGCUAAGGCACACAUAUUUGCAGUUUAAUGAAAAGUAGAUUUCUUAUAUUACUUUUUACCCCUUUCCAGUGAAGAGCCCUUUGCUAUAUUUCUACCAUCACUAAUAGUUGAAAGUGUUUCAUUACUAACAAGUUCAGUACAACAUGAAAGUUAUCAUGGCUCAUUCAAACUACUGUUUUGUCUAUCAGAAUAAACACAAGUGAAUUUUUCACCUACAAUAAUAUUAUGUCUUUGCAGCUUUAGGUUUGUUUAUUGUUUUCUUACUAGCCAAACUAUUAACUCUGAUCCCAUUGUUUGUCAGGGAGAGAGAGAUACACAUACCUACAUACAGCAUAAAGUACUCAGCAGGGCUAGUUAUUUGGAUUUCUUGCACAGCAAUUUAGCUUUUGUAAGUUCAACAUGUAAAUUUUAAAGACAUAAAUAUAGAGAGACCUAUGUGUUUGAAAUAUAAAUGAUAUAUAUGGAUUAGCAUGUAACUGUAUAUUAUUAAACAUGCAAUGAGCUGACUGGUAAGUGACGUCUAAUUGUAUGGCUAGCAAUGUAAUUUAUUCAGACUGUAUUUUUGUACAGAGCAGCACACACUAACCUAUGCCUCUGUGUCCUCUUUAAUGCCUAAAACUGUGCCUAGAAAUUUCAUCUGUCUUAAAAAUAAAAUAUACUCCAUGCUGUUUAUGCUAUUAGUUUCUCUACUGCUGUUCUAUAUUUAUUAUUUUAAAAUAUAUGACAUGUUUACUACUUAAAUAUGAAUUCAUGGUAUUCUGGUUAUUUUUUUAACAAUCCUUUGGGGAGAUCCUGUUUAUCACUCCAGUGGUUUUUGAGUUUGCAGUUUCACAAUCAGUUCUUCAUUUCAUGAUUUUUGUAGCUGACAUGAAAUUAUCUAUGUGGAAAAAAUAAAAAUAAAAGUGGCUUCCCUGA